AUGGCAGGAAUCUUGAAGAGUCUUGCAGGGCAGUCUCCUUCUCUCAAGCCUGCUCUUCCACCACAAAUCCCUCCCGGCAAUCUGGUUCAGAAGAGAAUAUUUUUUGAUGCCCAAUCGACUACUCCUGUCGAUCCAAGAGUUCUUGAUGCAAUGCUCCCAUUCUACACAACGGUGUUUGGAAAUCCUCAUUCAAGAACACAUCAAUACGGAUGGCAAGCCGAAGCUGCAGUAGAGAAGGCCCGAUCUCAAGUGGCUUCUCUCAUCGGAUGUGAUCCGAAAGAAAUAAUAUUUACCAGUGGAGCAACAGAAAGCAACAACUUGGCGCUUAAGGGUGUUGCUAGCUUUAAGCUCAAGGAAGGAAAACCUGUUCAUAUAAUAACAGUUCAGACCGAACACAAGUGUAUUCUUGAUACAUGCAGGAACCUAGAAGAAGAUGGUGUGGAGGUUACAUAUCUCCCUGUUGGAAAGGAUGGGAUAGUUGAUAUUGAAGACAUUAGAAGGAAUAUAAAAGACAAUACAGUCCUUGUAUCUAUAGGAGCAGUAAACAGCGAAAUAGGAACAAUACAACCUCUCAAGGAAAUAGGAAGGCUGUGCAAGGAAAAAAAGGUCCUUUUCCACACAGAUGCAGCACAGGGGGCUGGAAAGAUUAAAAUCGAUGUUAAUGAAAUGAACAUAGAUCUCCUAAGUAUGUGUGCUCAUAAAAUCUAUGGUCCCAAGGGAAUAGGGGCUUUGUAUGUCAGGCGACGGCCUCGAGUCCGAAUGAUGCCAAUAAUUAACGGAGGAGGGCAAGAAAGAGGACUUCGGAGCGGGACUGUUGCAUCUCCUUUGGUUGUAGGGUUUGGAAAAGCUGCAGAGAUAUGCUCCAAAGAAAUGAAAAGAGAUUUUGAAUACAUUAAGAAGCUUUCAAAUAAGUUAAAAAGCAUGUUUAAGAAGAACAUUGAGGGAGUGAUCAUCAAUGGGUCUUCGGAAGGAAACCCUGGAUGUGUGAAUGUAUCGUUUCCAUUUGUUGAAGGAGAAAGCCUUCUGAUGUAUCUGAAGGACAUUGCACUCAGCAGUGGAAGCGCCUGUACAUCGGCCUCUUUGGAACCAUCUUAUGUACUGAGAGCACUUGGCAGAGAUGAUGAACUUGCACAUUCUUCAAUAAGAUUUGGAAUCGGGAGAUUCACCAUACCCGAGGAGAUCGAUAUAGUAGCAAGCAAGACUGUUGAAGCUGUCAAAAAGUUGAGAGAAAUGUCUCCUCUUUACGAGAUGGUCAAGGAGGGAAUAGAUCUAAGCAAAAUCAAUUGGGCUACAUGA